UCUGAUUCUUCUGAAGCGCAUGUCAGAGAGGAGGAGGAGGGAGGGAAUGAACCAGGAAGGGAGAGACAGAGAGAGAGAGAGAGAGAGAGAGAGAGAGAGCAGCCUCCGGUUGACAGUACAUGGAGGUCUGCCGGAUCUCCAGGACCAGGAACCAUCCCUGGCUGCUGCGCCUGGUGUGUGUUCUGCCUGCUGCUAUCACAAGGGGCUGCAGGGCUUUCAUCACCACUGAAAGGUAUGCUGUCCUGAUGUCUCUCUCAAAGCCAGGAGGACUGACAUGGCGUCAGAGCCCCCGAGAUCUGUAGGAUCCACCCAGGAGGAUGCAGGGCCUCAGGAGAGCCUCAGGAGGAACAGCUCUAGCCAGCUCUGACUUCUGGUGGGGCGGGACAGCUGGUGUUGUGAAUCAGGCCGCUAUAGUGCCAGACACGGCUUCUUCCCAACACCAGGGUCACACCCCACUGUCCGCAGCACCGAAGCCCCGGAGCCCAGCCCUCUCCCUCACCGGCAGCAAGGCACAGCAACAGCACCGUCCGCAGCACCGAAGCCCCGGAGCCCAGCCCUCUCCCUCACCGGCAGCAAGGCACAGCAGCACUGUCCGCAGCACCGAAGCCCCGGAGCCCAGCCCUCUCCCUCACCGGCAGCAAGGCACAGCAACAGCACUGUCCGCAGCACAGAAGCCCCAGAGCCCAGCCCACUCCCUCACCGGCAGCAAGGCACAGCAACAGCACUGUCCGCAGCACCGAAGCCCCAGAGCCCAGCCCUCUCCCUCACCGGCAGCAAGGCACAGCAACAGCACUGUCCGCAGCACCGAAGCCCCAGAGCCCAGCCCUCUCCCUCACCGGCAGCAAGGCACAGCAACAGCACUGUCCGCAGCACAGAAGCCCCGGAGCCCAGCCCACUCCCUCACCGGCAGCAAGGCACAGCAACAGCACUGUCCGCAGCACCGAAGCCCCAGAGCCCAGCCCUCUCCCUCACCGGCAGCAAGGCACAGCAACAGCACUGUCCGCAGCACCGAAGCCCCAGAGCCCAGCCCACUCCCUCACCGGCAGCAAGGCACAGCAACAGCACUGUCCGCAGCACCGAAGCCCCGGAGCCCAGCCCUCUCCCUCACCGGCAGCAAGGCACAGCAACAGCACUGUCCGCAGCACCGAAGCCCCGGAGCCCAGCCCACUCCCUCACCGGCAGCAAGGCACAGCAACAGCACUGUCCGCAGCACCGAAGCCCCGGAGCCCAGCCCUCUCCCUCACCGGCAGCAAGGCACAGCAACAGCACUGUCCGCAGCACCGAAGCCCCGGAGCCCAGCCCUCUCCCUCACCGGCAGCAAGGCACAGCAACAGCACUGUCCGCAGCACCGAAGCCCCAGAGCCCAGCCCACUCCCUCACCGGCAGCAAGGCACAGCAACAGCACUGUCCGCAGCACCGAAGCCCCGGAGCCCAGCCCUCUCCCUCACCGGCAGCAAGGCACAGCAACAGCACUGUCCGCAGCACCGAAGCCCCGGAGCCCAGCCCUCUCCCUCACCGGCAGCAAGGCACAGCAGCAGAUCACAGGAAGACAGAUCAAAAUGCAUGCCGAGACUAGUGGAGGAUGUGUCUUUCAAAAACAGACUAGUUGAAGUUAAUUAAAAAUAAACUAAAUAUUCCACUGUGUGUCUGAGGCAUAAGAGGAGCAUUUGAGCAUGGGCCCGAAGCAUAACCACCAUUGUUUAAUUCUCAAUUGUGAUUAAAGUAGAGUUGUAUUGUAUUGACUUGCCUUAUGACAGCUUCUGUGUGUCUGCACACUAGGACUAGGAUUCAACAUCAGUGAACUAUCAGAGCAUAAGACAGUACAACUAGAGAGAGGACAGUGCUGAUGGGAAUAGCAUGACAUGAAUAAUCAAUCCAAAUGAAACGUGUUCCGGUUUAUGUAAAAGCAUGACAAAUGAAAGGCUGGGUGUAUUCCUUUGUCUGGGAUUAAAUAGAAAAUGGAUGUUGAUGUUAGUCUCAGUCUUAGUAUCAGUACGCUUUGUUGGCAUCCCUCAGUGCUGCUUUUAUUUCACUUUAUACUUUUAUUAAAACUCAUCAAAGGACUCUUUAUUUGUUAUUCAUUACUUAACGAAUUGUAUGUUUCAUUGUGUGGUGGUAGUUUGUGAGUGAAAGUGUUUAAGUACAAUUGUGAAUUGGUUUUUGCAUCAUUAUUCUAAUAAUAAAGUAGGAUACAUGUGAACAACGA